AUGGAGGGCGAUGGGUCGCAGCCCACCCAAGCUACCCAGAAUGUCCUUGAUCCGCGCCGCGUAGGCAAGCAAAACUCUGGCUUCUCUGACGAGGACAUCUCCGAUAUCAUAUGCCUUCUCUACCCCCACUCCGAAUUCGCCCGUCGCGAAGUCCACCGCAUAGCCCGCGAACAUUCGCAACAUGUCGUCGGCAGGGAAGAGGCGGAUGCCGUGGAGCCGGACUACGAACAGGAGGACAGAGCCGACCAGUUCCAGCUGACGCCGCCCAACAUUGAGCACGCCAUCAUACUCCGCCUGUCUGCAAAGACUAAAGCUCCGCUACAUGGCUUCUUGUUCGGCAGGAAUGUUUCACGCUGCGAUAUCUGUUUCGCCAACGACCCCAUGAAGCGCCUCAGCAAUAUCCACUUUCGCAUCUACGUCAAUGAGUACGGCGUGGUCAUGCUGGAGGAUCAGUCAACCAACGGAACCUUUGUCGAAGGGACGCUGCUGCGUGCGAAGCCCAAGAACGCAAAUGAAAAGUGUGGCACCAAGAGGGUUCUUAGCCACGGCUCCAAGAUCAAAGUGUUGAUGCAUAACGAGCAGCAUGACUUGGAAUUCCUGGUCCGGAUACCGAAACGGGUGGGCGAGUACGAAAUGGCGUACAACACAAAGCUACAGCACUACUUCGCUACACUGGCAGGUCUGCGUGCGAAUCACAAUGAGACGGUGGUACCGGGUCCCGGUGGCCAUGUCGACUUGUUCGCUGCCCCAAGGAGACCACCGACUGCCACCACGCGGAGAAUAGCGUUGCCGUCUGGAACCACGCAGGAUAAUGUUGAUCGAUUCCCGAGAGACUGGGACGGUUCCGGCAAGUACAAUCGGGUUGGCCAGAUUGGCAAGGGGGCCUUUGCGGUCGUUUACAAGGUCACGUCUAAGUUUGACGGAGUCCCAUACGCCGCCAAAGAGCUCGAAAAGAGGCGGUUCAUCAAGAACGGCGUCUUGGACCAAAAGGUGGAAAAUGAGAUGAAAAUCAUGCAGAGGGUUCAACAUCCAAACAUCGUCCGGUAUAUUGAGCAUUUCGAUUGGGACAAUCGACUCUUCAUCAUAAUCAUGGAGUUUGUCGGCGGUGGCGACCUUGGCAAACUUAUCAGCAGUCGUGGACCCUUGCAAGAGGUGUCAGUCAAGCAAAUGGCAGCUCAAUUGCUGAGUGCCUUGGCUCACCUGCACGAGAACAACAUUACACAUCGGGAUGUCAAGCCCGACAAUAUUCUCAUCUCGUCACUCAACCCCUUCGAUGUCAAGUUGACAGACUUUGGUCUCUCCAAGAUGGUUGACAACGAGCAAACGUUCCUUCGAACAUUUUGCGGCACUUUACUGUACUGCGCGCCGGAAGUUUACUCGGAGUACGCCGAGUACGACGACAAUGGCCAUCGGAACCCCCGCAAUAGAGCGAAGCGGGCAGCGGUUGGUCAGAGAUAUGACCACGCUGUCGAUGUCUGGUCACUCGGUGGCGUGCUCUUCUAUGCCCUCACCGGCAACCCGCCAUAUCCUGUUAAGAACGGUGUCAGUUAUUCAGAGUUGCUCCACACAAUCAUGACAAGACCCCUUGACACACUUCCGCUGGUGCGGCAGGAUAUCUCGCAGCAGGGCAUUGAGUUUCUUUGCUACAUGCUGGAGAAACGCCCAGAAUGCCGCGCGACAGUCAGGGAACUUCAGGAACACCCUUGGCUUGGCGUCCAUAGACUAAAGCCUUCGCAAAAUGGUGACCAGUCAUUCGACGAAAUCACCGACGAAGAUGAAGAGUUGCAGGUCAACGCAUCUCAGCUGAGCCUGGAGGAGGGACAAUCGCGUUGUCUUGCCGACACGGAGCUUCCUUUCGAAGAAAGUGUGGAUGAUAUCGAGAGGGACUUUAUCGAGGAGGAUUCGGAGCAAGAGCAUGGGACAUUUGGUCCUACCGGGCAAGGCGCUGGCCCCAGGCUUUUCGGAGAGGUCAACAGAUCUGCUAUAGGCAGUAGGGGCGCAGUAGCGGCGGAGCGGCUCAAUCUCCCGGUGGCCGAUUCGGGCGUCCUUGGCAACGAGAGCUUAGGGUCUGAAAUACGGGACAGCUACGAGUCGGAAGAUGCCUCGACGAUCAUUGGCAAGAAGUCAGGAAGCAGCGGGGGUGCUCGGCUUUCCAUCUCUGCGGUCGAAGGCCAGUCCGAGGAUCAGCUGCGCAGCCUGGUCGAGAACGUGGCUUCUCAGAGUCUGGGCGCAACUGAUCUUGGCAGCGAUCUCCAGAUGAAAUCCGCGGCUGCUUCCCAUGUCAAUGGGACGUUCUAUAAUGCUAGCAAACGGAAACCGUCGUCAGUUGACACCAGUGACGAGUACGAAUCGCGACCGCGAGAGAAGCCCAUCUUCAAACGCCUCAAGUCGGAGGGCAACCUCGAUGCCCUUGCAGAAGAGGAAAUGGAGGAGUACAGAUUGCUUGCCUCUGUGCCGCAGAUCAAGAGGCUGGAAUCCGGACGUCAGAUCGAUGGACCUUUCAACAAGAUGCACUUCUGGGGGAAAGAUAUGAGUACAUGGCACCUCCGUUAUCCUGAGAUGACGCAGUUGCAGUACGAAAUGUUCAAGAAAGCUGCACAAAGCCGGGGAGAGGAGUUUGGCCCAGGCAAGUCGCCAUUGUGGGAAAUGGCUUUCAAAUACUUCCCACCAAACAACGGCGUGCCCGCUAUGCACACCCAGAGCCAGCCCACCGUCGAGGAGACAAAUCGGGCCCUGCUAAAGCGGGAUGACAGGAAAGUCCUGGAGGGCACGGAAUGGGACAUUCCUGCCACUGCCCCCCAGCCUGAAGAAGAUUCGCUUCCCAACACGUUACCGCCAGAAACGCAGCCCCAGAUCAUCGUCCCCGUUUCCGACGACGGGCCGAAACGGGCUGUUGCUGUGCUAGAGUCGGCCCCCGAUUCAUUAGUUUCUGGGAUUUCCGUCCCUGUGACGAUUUCACUGAUGUCGUGGGGCCGAGGACCUUCCAAUACAGUCAUAUACGAGCCCAAAACAGAGGUCAAGAUACCCAAAUAUGCCCUCAAGAUGUUGCUGUGGAAAGACGGUUACGACCCUUCCAAGGACCCUACUAAGCAUCCAUGGGACAAAUACCCCAACGGCGAGGGAUUUGCUUUUUACCUGUCAACAAAAGCGACAAACGGGAUCUUGCUCAAUGGCUGUGAGCUUCUUUCAUACGACUGCAAGAACCCCACUAGCCCAUCGAAGAACUGGGUCCAGGUCUACGAUGGCGAUGAGAUUGUCGUAUGGGGUACCGCCGCCGACACAACAAGCCAGACAAAGGUGGUUUUCCGCUGCUUUUACGGUGAUUCCUCAAAGCAACGCCGCCCAGACGCCCCUCCCAAGCUAGUAUCCUCAUCGGUGGCACGCAAGAUGGACGAGAUAUGCAGCAAGUACGAGAGAAAGCUGAAGACGGCAGCUGAGCAAAGACAGAGGUACAGCGAAGUCGACAAGGAGUUGUUCGAGCGCAAGCAGAACAUCGAGAGGGAGCGCGAACGCAGCCGUGUCUUUGAGGAGAAGCGACUCGAGGCGCUUAGAUUCGUGGCGCUAAGGACAGUGUCUAGAAGGGGCUCACCGACAAGCGCGUCCGCGACUACUGUUCUUCGAGGCCAGACGCCAGGUCUACAUGCCCCUUCACCUUUGCAAGAGGCCCGAUCUAGUAGCCCUUAG